GCCGUCAGGAAAGAGAGACGCUGGACUCCUCGGUCGGUCCAGCUUCAUCAACUUCUCAGUUUUCCAUGGACAGACUGAACUUUUAGCGUCGAGGACUGCAGCUGAACUUUACCCCGAGUUUGUGUGCUUGUUGUGUUCCUGCCUGUCGGACCCAACACGAUGUCUGCCUCCGCGAUAUUCGUGCUGGACCUGAAGGGGAAGGUGCUGAUUUGUCGGAACUACAAAGGCGAUGUGAACAUGGCCGAGAUUGACCACUUCAUGCCUUUACUCAUGGAACAUGAAGAGGAAGGCCUGCUGUGUCCUGUGCUGUCUCACGGCAAUGUUCACUUCAUGUGGAUCAAACACAGCAACCUCUACCGUAUCCUUGUUGUGGCCACCACAAAUAAGAACUCCAACGCCUCCCUUGUUUACUCAUUUCUCUACAAACUCGUCGAGGUGUUCACGGAGUACUUCAAAGAGCUGGAGGAGGAGAGCAUCCAGGACAAUUUUGUGGUUGUUUAUGAGCUGCUGGAUGAGCUGAUGGAUUUUGGAUUUCCUCAGACGACUGACAGCAAAAUUCUACAGGAGUACAUCACACAGGAGGGUGCCAAGCUUGAGGUGGCAAAGACAAAAGUACCGACCACCGUCACCAACGCUGUGUCCUGGCGAUCGGAGGGCAUCAAAUACAAAAAGAAUGAAGUCUUCAUUGAUGUUAUUGAGUCGAUCAAUGUGUUGGUGAAUGCCAACGGCAGUGUGAUGAGCAGUGACAUUGUAGGCAGCAUCAAGCUGAAGACCAUGCUUUCUGGGAUGCCUGAACUGCGCCUGGGCCUCAACGAUCGUGUGCUUUUCGCGCUCACUGGACGUGACAAAGGGAAGACAGUUGUGAUGGAGGACGUGAAGUUUCAUCAGUGUGUCCGUCUGUCACGCUUCGAGAGCGAUCGUACGAUUUCCUUCAUUCCUCCAGAUGGAGAGUCUGAACUGAUGUCCUACCGCAUCAACACUCAUGUGAAACCGUUGAUAUGGAUUGAAUCGAUUAUUGAGAAAUUCUCACACAGUCGAGUGGAAAUCAUGGUUAAGGCAAAAGGACAGUUCAAAAAACAGUCUGUGGCAAAUAAUGUGGAGGUCAGGGUUCCUGUCCCCAGCGAUGCCGACUCACCCAAGUUUAAAACCAGCACAGGCAACGCCAAGUAUGUGCCUGAGAAGAACAUGGUUGUGUGGACCAUCAAGUCUUUCCCUGGAGGGAAAGAGUUUCUCAUGAGAGCUCAUUUUGGUUUGCCGAGUGUGGAAAACGAUGAGCUUGAGGGCAAGCCUCCCAUCACUGUGAAAUUUGAAAUCCCCUACUUCACAGUGUCGGGAAUCCAGGUGAGAUAUAUGAAGAUCAUAGAAAAAAGUGGCUACCAGGCUUUACCAUGGGUGCGCUACAUCACACAGAGUGGAGAUUACCAGCUGAGGACAACGUGUAAAGGACCUCUCAUCAUGCCACAUUUCCAGGACUUUCACAGAAGCAAAAAUGAUCACUUCUAGAGGACAAAUUGAAUGUUUUUAAAUGUUUCCUGCUCCUUGCAAUAUUGAUUGUUGAUGAAUUGUGUGUUCAACCUGAUUUUAAUGUUUUAACUGUGAGACUGCUGCAAUCUAUUUAAAUGUUGAAUUAAAUAAAAAUUCUG